UGAAGGCAGGCAGGCUCAACAGGGAGGGAUAUGAAACAGACACAGAUGUUGCCAUUUGUGACACUGCUGCAGAGCUGACACUGUGCUCAACCCUGUACAGAGCGUAGAAAUGACACAGUCCCUGCCCAGGCGUUCGAAACCUGCCUUAAGAGACAAGCUGGGUUGGCACGAGUUCUUCUGGUUUAUCUUGCGGCGCAAGGAAGGCCAGAAGGGGUGGAAGGCGCAAGAGAAGCAGACGACGCCAUGAGAGGGACCUCUGAGGAAUCCAGGAGUGCCCACUAACGAGAGUGCAAUAAACCACUCGGAUGGAGCUUAUCAAAAUGAGAACAACAACAACAGCAACGGCCACAGUCCUGUGCACAAACUCUCUCCUGGAAGUAAGCUCCAUUGAAGUCAGUAAGACCAGACAUGCCUCGGACUGCGGUGUAAGUGAUGAUGCUUUGACAUUUGUUUUCCAGAGGGGAGAUAGAAUCCACCCAGGCUUUGGGGAAGGGGAGGGGAUUCAGUGGAGCCUUCAGCAGGCCAAAUCUGGCCUGUGGGCAGGAGGGUUUCUAUCCCAUGGGGAAGACCAUGGAAAGAGAGAGUUCACCCUCUCUCGGGGAGGCAACCCCCAAACGGUCUGCAGAAUCAGGGAAGCAGCCAUGCCUAAUGGGCAGAGAGACUGAGACAGAACUCCGGACUUUGGGCUCCACCCUCUUCUGCAACUGGCUUGAAAGUAUUACCAUAUGUUACACAACUUGGAUGUGGGUGUUGCGUUUCCACAAGGAAAGUUAUAUAACAUCCUCAGUGCCAACUGAACAGGUACUUUCUUCACUGCCUGUCUGGAAUCAACUGCCCAUAGAGGUCCCGAAGACCCCCAUGGAUCUCCUUGGAGGAUUCACGCUUUUCCUGGCCAUUUGCCUCAUCUGCCUAUUAGUCCUCUUGACAUGGCGCCAGGUGCACCAAAAAAGCAAGAUGCCACCUGGACCAGCCCCUCUCCCCUUUAUUGGGAACUUGUUCCAGGUCAACAGAAAUGACUUACCCGGCUCACUCAUAAAGCUCAGUGAGAAAUACGGCCCUGUCUACACCAUCCACCUGGGCCCCCGCCGUGUUGUAGUGCUGUGUGGAUACGAUGCAGUGAAGGAAGCGCUGGUGGAUCAGGGUGAAGAUUUCUCUGGUCGUGGGGAGCAACCCACAUUUGACUGGCUCUUCCAGGGCUACGGGGUGGCCUUCAGUAAUGGGGAACGGGCCAAACAGCUGCGUCGAUUCUCCCUCAUGACCCUGCGGAACUUUGGGAUGGGGAGAAGGAGCAUUGAAGAGCGGAUCCUGGAAGAGGCCCACUUCCUGUUGAAAGACCUGAAGGACACUGGGGGCGCUCCCUUUGACCCCACCUACACCCUGAGCCGUUCGGUGUCCAACGUCAUCAGCUCCAUCACCUUCGGCCACCGCUUUGACUAUGGAGAUCAAGAGUUCCUCUCCUUGUUGAACAACAUGUUGAAUAUUUUCCACUUCAAUUCCACCUCUUGGGGGCAGCUCUACGACAUGUUCUCAGGCAUCAUGCGGUACCUGCCUGGCCCACAACACAAAGCCUUCAAGGACCUCACUGGGUUGGAGGAAUUUGUCACGAAGAAGGCCAAAGCCAACCAGGAGACCCUGGACCCCAACGCCCCUCGGGAUUUCAUCGACUGCUUCCUGGUGAAAAUGCUACAGGAAAAGGAAAAACCAAACUCAGAGUACUUCCUAAGGAAUCUGGUGGCGACGACACUCAACGUCUACUUCGGAGGCACAGAAACCGUCAGCACCACCUUGCGAUACGGCCUCCUGAUUCUGCUGAAGCACCCAGAAGUCGAAGAGAAGCUCCACGAGGAGAUUGACCACGUGAUUGGCAGGAAUCGAACUCCCAACAUGGCGGACCGGGCCCAGAUGCCCUACACCGAGGCUGUGAUUCAUGAGAUCCAGAGGUUCACUGACAUGCUCCCCAUCGCCUUAGCAAGGCGUGUGGUGCGGGAUACCCAGUUCCGAGGGUACACCAUUCCCAAGGGCACGGAGGUGUUCCCUAUGCUGGGAUCUGUGCUGAGAGACCCCAAAUAUUUUGCACGGCCGGAGGCAUUUGACCCCCAACACUUCCUGGAUGAGAACGGACUGUUCAAGAACAGCAGUGCAUUCAUGCCAUUCUCCUCUGGAAAACGGUAUUGCCCUGGGGAACACCUGGCCCGCAUGGAGCUCUUCCUCUUCUUCACCAGCAUCCUCCAGAACUUCCACUUGAAGCCCACCAUCCCCCAUGAAGAAAUCGACAUCUCUCCCAAGCUGGUGGGCUUUGCCACCAUCCCGCAUUCCUAUGAAAUCUGCGUCAUCAGUCGCUAAAGGGAGGAGCGAGGCAGCAUGGAGGAGCGGAGCGCCGUCGCCACCAGCACCAGCAAGGACAGCCAUCCAACGGACACCUAGCAGGGCAAGCCUAUGCAUGUUUACUUGGGAGUAACUCCCACGGCAUUUAAGGGGUUUUACGCCCAUGUAAGUGUGCAUAGGAUGGCAGCCGAAGGGGCAUUCUUAAAAAUCCACCAGGUCUUGAAAUAGAGAGUGUCCAGUUGAGUCUCUUCUUACCACAUCCAGCCCAGUCCCUGAUUUGAGGGCCCAGAGAUCGCUGUUCCCACUUGUAACAUUUCCGCUUCUCUCUGUUGUGCUUUUGGAAUUGUACUCACAAAGGAGUAAGCCUGGGAGAUGCUCCCCUUGGUGCCACACUGUAGCUUGGGGGGGAUCUACACUACUGCUUUAAAGCGCUUUAAAGUGCUUUAUAACAGUUUUGACAACUGUUGGAGCUCAGGACACACUGUAUAUACAGUUUUCAAAAUGUUUUCAAAGCGCUUUAAAGUAGGGAUGUGCUCCUCUUCUAAUCGGACCGGCGAAUUAGAAGUGGAGCGGGGUGCUUCGCCUCCCCUUAAAGCGGAGGCGAAGAGGAUUGGGGGGCCGGCGGAGUGUUGCGAAGAGGAUCGAGGUGAAGGCGGAUCCUUCGCCUCGAUCCGGAGCUCCGCAAGAAAGGUAAGUGGGGCUUACCGGGCCCUGCCGCUGUCGCCCAUGCAGCGACAGCGGCAGGGCCCGGUAAACCCCCCUCCCUCCUCUCCCUUACCUGCGUCC